AUGGGCCAGAUCAAAAACGAAAGCCAAAGAGCAGGCAACAAAAACAACAACAACAACAUCAUCAUCAUCAUCACCACCACCACAAGAACGGGACCACUACACCACAUAUCCAUCAAUCCAAGACUUCUUCGACACGAAGCGACAACACCUACUGAUCGCCGCAGGCCCGGACAGCUGGUUCGCCGGCCGCAUCGUCCCAGGCUCACAUGGAAAACUGGUACAUCCGGCGCCGCCGAACGUGCCACGACCCCUGUGGACGGAGGCGGAGCGCAUGGAGAGGAAAGAAAAGCUCAAACGGAAAUGCAAGGGCAGAAAGCUCGAUCCGCAGUAUUGUCUGCGCAGAUACCAGCUGGAGACGAUGUGGAAGGCACCAAAGCCUGUCGGGGAGGAAUUGCUCGCCGAGAGAGAUAG